AUGCCAUCGCUUUCUCAACCUUUUACCAUCACACCUAUUCCAAGGCAGUCCACUCCAUCACCAAUCUUUAUUUCCUCCCAUGGACUGGUUCCAAAUACGAAUGAACUGGAUAUUGCCAUUUCAAAAUACUCAAUAUCUAAAUUUUUAGUCCAUCCUACUCCUAAACUUAUUCAUAGUACUGCCAUUCCUUCUAAUCAAGUCAUCACCGCUUUUGACAAUAGUGUUUAUGGUUCAUCCCAAUCAAAACAUUCAAACUUUCUGCAUUUGAACCAAGAUGUUAAACUUUCUGUUCCAACACCUGUAGUGAAAUGUUUUUCUAUUAAAGAUAAGAAUGACAUCACAAAUACAACCGUCAUCCUAGAGGACGGGACCAUUCAAAAGUACAAGGACAUUGUUCUAGAGUCUACUAAGAAGAUCCCAUACAACGAUAUACUUCAAGCAGAAUUCAUUGAAGGCAGAUAUGCUUUAAUAAUUUCAGCUAGUAUUAUUACUCUUUAUGAUUUGAAAACAAAUACAGAGUUACGCUCUAGAAACAAUAUUGGAACAGAAAAUUCAAUUUUCAAGUUAUUGAAGGGUAAAUUAUACAAAUACAAUAAGAGUAAUUAUACCUUUGAAAUAUAUGAUGUUACCUCACUAACCCUUCUUCACUCCACAGUAAUCCCAUUCAUUCCAGAAGGUACUAAAUCUGUUACAUAUGCUAUUGUUGGUGAGAACAGGGUUGUCUUAACAAUCGAUAACGUUGCAUAUUUGUUGGAUAUAUAUCUAGGAAGUGUAAUUACCACUAUAACAUUCAAACAUCUUAAAUGGUUUAAAUUACUGGAGGGUGUUGAAGGAUCAUUUGUUCUAGGUAUUUCAUGUACUUCAAAUAGUGGUGAAUUGAAACUGGAAAUUGUUAAUGUGGAAUUGGGUAGUUGUAAUCUAAAGGAUUCCUUAGGUAAGAGUUUUAAAAAUUAUGUGAGAACUGGUACAAAAGAUGCCACUGAAACAAUCACUUUAAAACCGUUAUUGUUUGGCGGUUCUGAAGAUAGUAAAACAAAAAAAUUGGAAACAAAACCCUUCAAUUAUAAGGAUAUUUUAAUCAAAUUGAACAAAAAUACUAGUAAUAAAGAUUCAUUUGAUAAAGUAUUUUUCAAAGAACUAGAGAUUGAAAAGGAACAUUACACAGAAAAGGAUAGAUUCAUUGUAAAUCAAGAAUUUUUGGCCAGUGUUAUAGAUAUAAUAUUAGAGAAGUUUAGUUUUGAUGACUCUAACGAGUAUCCAAAGGCUCUAGCAUUUUUAUUAACUCAUCCAUUAUUCCCGGUCCAAAACACUAAGGGAUUACUAGCAAAAUUUAAAGAACAACCAACAUUGUACAAACAGACGAUAGUGACAUGUCCAAAUCUUCCAUUGCCUGAACUUUUGAAAGAACUUUUCACAAUUAAGAAUAAUGAAUUAUCAUUAGACAUAUCAUUAAGAAUCUUGGAAGAUUAUACCACCGAUUCUAUUAAAGAUGCAUUGAAAAAGCUUCCUAAAGUUGAAAUCGAAAAUUACAUAGAGUUCAUAAUCGAUAACGAUGAAGAAGGUGAAACACAACAAAAUACAGACAUUUCAAAGCAACUGUUUGAACUAUUAUCAUUGAUCAUCGAUUCUGUAGGGUUAUUUGCCCUUGAAGGUAAAUUACUGACAAAUUUAACCCAGUUUAUUAAUGAAAAAGUCAAAAUUGCUGAAAGAAACACUGAAUUAUGGUAUACAAUAGAUUACAAAACUAAGGAUUUUAUCGCUGUACAACACUCUAACAACAAUAAUAAUACCUUGAACAAGAAGAAGAAAUUACCAACAUACACUGUAGAAUAUUUAGAUUUAUAG